GUCCACCUGGGUUCCUUCUGUUUUCCGCCUUCUUUUUUGUUUUUUUUGUUGUUGUUGUUGUUUUUUUGUGUUUUGUGCUGACCCUCUUUGUUCCAGUCAAGGUUAGACCUUUUCCGAUCAUCAACUGUGAGAUCAAAGCGAGCGAGAGAAAGUGCAGAAGCAGGCGGCUCUUCUGCUAGGGUUAUUGGAGGGAAGAGUGUAGUUGGCGCUGGGGAAGAAGAAGUUGACUUUGGGACUUGUUGACCACGGAGGCCCGCCUUUGGUGCUUUGUUUCCUUUGGAUGAUUGGGGAGAGAGAAGAUGUUGCCAGGAGGAACUAUGCGUAAAUCGUUCAAGGACUCGCUGAAGGUUCUCGAAGCCGAUAUUCAGCACGCGAACACUUUGGCUUCAGAUUUUCCAACAGAGUAUGAUGGUGCAUGUCUUCAAAUGCGUAUGUCAUACAGUCCAACUGCACAUUUAUUUCUUUUUCUAGUGCAAUGGACAGAUUGUAGCCUGGCUGGGGCACUAGGACUCUUGAGAAUUAUGAUAUACAAGGUUCACGCUGAUGGCUCCACAACCAUGUUGACUUGUGAAAGAAAAGCUACCAUUAGAGAGUUUUACGCUGUGAUUUUCCCUUCUUUGCUUCAACUACAAAAUGGUAUCACUGAUAUGGAAGACAAAAAGCAAAAGGCAGCAUGCAUGGAACGAUUUAGGCGAAAAGAUGAGGAAGAAAGGAAAUGCUUCUCUGAAAUAGAUGCUGAAAGAGAAGAGGAAUGUGGGAUUUGCAUGGAGUUGAACAGUAAAAUUGUGUUGCCCAAUUGCUGCCAUGCAAUGUGCAUGAAAUGUUACAAAGAAUGGAACUCACGCUCACAGUUGUGCCCCUUCUGCCGCGGGAACCUCAAGCGAGUGAACUCCGGUGAUCUAUGGGUGUUCAUCGGAAACCGAGAUACAGUUGACAUGGAAACUGUGACGCAGCAAAACAUUAGGCAGUUGAUCUUGUACAUAAAGAAGUUGCCCAUAGUUUUUCCAGAUUCUGUCUUCGAUUCAUACGAUUCUCACAUUAGGUGACUGUUUCAAACAACGCAGUGCCAAAUUUCCAGCAAUGACAUUUGCUAGUGGCGGUCUGGUCAAUUAGGUCAUUUGAUCUUGUGCUUUGGAGGUCAUUCCAAUUUGAGUUUGGGAGAAGCUGCUGCUACUUUUUAAGCAGCUGAUCAACUUCGAUAGCUCAAUUGGUGCGUCUCCGGCACUUUGUAAAAAAUAUUGACGAAGUCUGUCUGUAAAUACAUAUCUAUCUCGGUGUCAAACAGUAAACGUUAUUUGGUGCAAAUGACAUUGCUUGAUGAAUUCUUACA